GAGGCGGAGCUGUUUAAGGGACUGUUGUGGAUUCAGCGUCACCCAAAAAAAUCAUAAAAGUGGGAGUUGACGGGCUAAUUUGUUUUGUGUGUUUUCUGUCGUCGAUUAGUAUUUAUCGACGCACCAUCCCAGCCGCAGCCAUGCCCGGGAUAGAGAAGCUUCCAAUCGAGGAGACACUGGAGGACAGUCCGCAGACGCGCUCUCUGCUUGGGGUGUUUGAAGAGGACACGGCUGCCAUCAGCAGCUACUGUGCACAGCUUUAUCAAGCCAUGCACAGGGUAUAUGAUGCCCAGAAUGAGCUGAGCGCUGCCACACAUCUGACGUCCAGACUGCUGAAAGAAUAUGACAAACAGCGUUUUCCUUUAGGGGGCGAUGACGAGGUGAUGAGCUCCACCCUGCAGCAGUUUGCAAAAGUCAUUGAUGAGUUGAGCUCCUGUCACGCCGUCUUGUCCACCCAGCUUGCCGAUGCCAUGAUGUUCCCCAUAAGUCAGUUCAAAGAGAGAGACCUGAAAGAGAUCCUCACCCUGAAAGAGGUCUUUCAAAUAUCCAGUGAUGAUCAUGACAUAGCAAUCAACAGAUACAGUCGCCUGUCCAAGAAGAAAGACAAUGACAAGAUGCGGGCCGAGGCGGUGGAGGAUGUGUACACGUCACGCAAGAAGCAGCACCAGACCAUGAUGCACUACUUCUGCUCCCUCAACACACUGCAGUACAAGAAGAAGAUGGCGCUGCUGGAACCGCUGCUUGGCUACAUGCAAGCCCAGAUCAGUUUCUUUAAGCUGGGUUCGGAAAACCUCAGCCAACAGUGGGAGGACUUCCUGGCCACCAUCGGAACCAGUGUCCAAAACGUUCGUCGAGAGAUGGAGGACGAGGUGGGCCAGAUGCAGGAGACCAUUCAGCAGCUGGAGAAUCUAUGUGACCCUUUGUACGCACCAUGUGAUCCGGACCCAGUCCACACACCCGUGUAUCGAAACCUCACCAGGAAGCAGGGCUACCUCUACAUUCGCAAUAAGACCGGGCUGGUGUCGUCAUCCUGGGAACGUCAGUACUUCUUCACACAAGGAGGCAACCUGAUGCAGCAGGGCCGGGCCGAAGUGGCCGGAGGAUUGGUUACCGACCUGGAUAAUGCUUCCGUCAUGGCUGUGGACUGUGACGACCGCCGCUUCUGCUUUCAGGUCACGUCCUUCGAUGGCAAAAAAGUUGUGACGCUACAGGCACAGAGCCGAAAGGACUGCGAGGAGUGGAUCUCCACCAUCAACAACAUCUCUCGCCGUAUUUACCUCAGCGAGAACGCAGAGGAAGUGGCAGCCAGAGUCAACCAAUCAGCUAUUGAGGCAGUGACGCCAUCACCAUCUUUCCAGCAGAGACAUGAGAGCAUGCGGCCAUCCAGCAAGGGGAGCGUAGGCCGAACAAGCAUCAGCUCUAUUGGCUCUGAGCCCUCGCCCGCCCUCUCUGUGCUCUCAUUGGACGCCCUUGUUGCCCCAGACACACCCAUCCAGUUUGAUAUCAUCUCGCCUGUCUGUGAGGAGAACUCCGGGCAUAGCAAGACGGCGGCUCAGUCUGGCAGGAGAAGUAAUCCAUUCGGAGAGUCAGGUGACAACCCAGCUGAGGACAAUGAAGACUCAAUCCUUCACCAGCUCUUCAUUGUUCGCUUCCUGGGCUCGAUGGAGGUGAAAACUGCUGAGUCAGCUGACGUCAUCCCCGAGACCAUGAGGCAGAUCCUGGCGGCUCGGGCCAUUCACAACAUCUUCAGGAUGACCGAGUCGCACCUGCUGGUCACCUGCGACUGCCUCAAGCUCAUCGAUCCCCAGACACAAGUUACUCGACUCAGGUUCCCCUUGGGCAGCGUACUUCAGUCAUCGUCCCACCAGGACAACAAGAGGCUGUUUGGAUUCAUCCUGCAGGUGGCAAGCGGGCGGCCCGACAGCCGAGCCGUGUGUUACAUCUUCGAGUCCAACGAUGACGGCGAGAAGAUCACUGACAGCAUUGGCCUGGCUAAGCAGAUUGCCCUCCAUUCUAUGCUGGACCGCAAGGCAGCAGAGAAGAGGAAGGAGCAAGACAAGGCCAAAGAGAAGCAGGAAGAGGAGCUCAGCAAGCAGAAACAAAUUGAAAAGGAUCUGGAGGAGCAGAGUCGCCUCAUCGCUGCAUCAAGUCGCCCUGGCAACCCAACAACAGCCGAUGGACACUUUGUGGUGCUGAGCAACAGCCAAUCAGAGGACAGCGAUACCACGGGAGAGGAGGGCAAAAGGAAGGGAGAGUCGGAAGCCUGACCACAUAUGAAAGAAUGCAUGUUUGAUCCCCGUCCAGCUCCGACACUCGAGUCCAUGCUCAGGAAUCAACACCUGGGAUGCCUGGGAAUGGGAAAACAACCUCAACGUGUCUAGUUACUGACUCUUAUAGGUUCUUAAAAAUGCUUUUAUACAGGCUCCUGAAAAAACAUGCAGCUAUAAAUCAACCUUAUUGUAUAAUUUCCUUUUAUAAACAAGCUGCAAGGAGGUGAAGCAGACCCAGAAACAGACCCGCCCCUUUCUCUGGUUUAGUUUGGAUACAAAGCUCUGCCUCCAGACACUGAUGAUGAUGUUCGGUCCGCCAGGAAGAGUUCAGCACUCUUGUGAUUUUUUUUUGUUUGUUUUUUGUCCUCAGUGGCACGGUUUAAAGUGGCUUUCUGCAUUGCACGUGAACGCACCAAGGGCACUCCAAGUGUUAAUGGUGGAUGUUCAAGUUCAGUCAGCUUCCAACCCAAAAGCACUAUAUUGCAUACAUGACCGCUGUGAAUUGGCUCUUUAGCUUCCAGUUUGAUUCUACUGAGCACUGAGGUCGAAGGUCGGCUCCACGGAAGAGCCUCAAAAGAUUUAAAUGUAGACUUCCUCAAAAACAAAAAUGAAAAUGACUGUAGUAUGAUUAACGGGGAAGAUAUUGUUUGGCUCUGAAGUUAAUGUGCCAAAUGUGUUUAAAUCUACAAAGUAUGAUAGGAUAAUAGCUCUCUGAUUAUUGUUGAUGGUCGGAAAUCACAACCUUUACUACAGAGGACAAAAUCAGUACGUUUACGAAGGAUAACGAUGUUUGGUUUUGUGUUUUUUUUUUUUUUUUGCUGUAGGCGAAAAGCUCACGUCGACCGUUCAGCACUUUACUGACGCCAUCUUGGACUGUAAAUACGCCUCAGUGAUCAAUAAUCAAUGGCUUAAAUAGCUUUUUACAGAUGAAUAAAGCACUAACUCCAUCCA